AGGAAAGGAAAGAGAGAAGAUAAAGUGAUGCAUGGUAUGUGAUAAUAUAUAGUAUGUGUGUAACUAUUGACAUAUACAGGAGCACGUGGUUAAUCAUUCAUAAAUGUGUACAGUUUGUUGACUGGUCUAAUGGAUUAAUAGUUGAAUUAUUAAAAUUCAAUUAAUUUAAUAGUUAAAAUAUAUUACGAACACAUACAACUCGAUUAUUAUUUAAUUCGGUAACUAAAAAUUAGAAGUUAGGAGAGGUUAAUUGAUUACUGCAUCAUUCUUCUUACUGUGCUCGACGUUACUGGUUGGAUAAAGAUUAACGAUUAAACCAGGAAUAUAUCGCUUUAAUGGCACCAGGAAAACGGUUAUUUCGCAAUAAGAAAAGAAAAUUUGACGAACACAAAAGUCGGCCAAAACCAAAGAAGGGCAAAUUUGAAUAUAGAAAAGCCUCUUAUGUCAAAGAGCGUGAAGCAAAAAAUGAGGAGAUUGAGGCUCGCAGGCAAAUAGUGGAAGAAGAAAAAGCACGUCAACGACUUCAGGAAUCUGAUAGUUCCGAAGAAGAAGAAAUUGAUCCUGAAUUACUUUUUAUGUCUCGAUUUCCUGGCUAUGAAAAUUUACUGGAGAAAUUAAAGAAAUCAGUUGUGACCAGUUCGGAUAGUGAAAAUGAAGAAUGCACUAAACAGAAUAAAAAUGAAAAGGACAAAGAAAAAAAGAAGAAGAAAAGGAAGGAAAAGAACAUAAUUGAAAAGAAAAAAGUUGAUGAAGAAGAAAAUGAAGAAUCUGAAACUGAAGAAUCUUAUGAUCAUAGUAAAAAUAAAGAGAUUAUAGAUGACAUGAAGGAGGACGAUUAUGAAGAUGCUGAAACUGCUCAGGAAGAUGCUGGUCAUUUAAAAGAUCCAUUCUCUUUACAUCUUCGCAAUGACAUGGAUGAUGAACUAUAUAAAGUAGUCUCUGUAACGCCACAGAUUACAGAGGUUAUAACAUUGGAAUGGCCCACACUUGGAAAUUUAAUAUGUCAGAUUCCAAAACCUGUUGUUGAUUUGAAAGACAAGUCAAUAAAAGUCAAAAAGCUUCUAGAUGACGAAGAGAAACAAUACACUAAUUAUGGUAAGAUUCCAAAUUUAAUAGAAAAUAUUGAUUGGAAUAAAUUGCAUAUAAAAUCGCAAAUUCAGAAUAAUUUAAUUAAAGCCAAUUAUCAUAACAUAAAGGACACUUUAGAAAAAGAUUCUGUACCUUUAACACCUCUUCAAAGGGAAUUAUUUUCAGUGAUAAAUAAUUACCAAGAUUUGUAUUAUCCUGAAAGAACAUUUUCAAACGCUGAUCAGAUACGAUUUGUCUAUUGUUUGCAUGUAAUUAAUCAUGUACUGAAAACUCGGACAAAAAUACUACAUCAUAAUGCAAAGUUAGCCAAGUCUAAUUGUAGUGGAAUGGGAGAAAUUCCAGAUGAAUACAGAGAUCAGGGUUUAGUGAGACCCAAAGUGCUUAUAAUAGUGCCAUUUAAACAUUCUUGCUUAAAAAUAGUCGAAAUGUUUAUCUCUAUUUUAUUUGGAGAAGAUAAAGGUGGCUCUGUCAUCAAUAAGUUGCGAUUCAUGGAAGAUUUUACUGGAAACGAAUUAGCGAUACCUAAAAAGAAUCCUAAGCCAAAAGAUUAUGAGUCAACCCUACAAGGAAAUGUUGAUGAUAAGUUCAAGAUAGGUAUGGCGAUUACCAAGAAGACUCUUAAAUUGUAUACAAAUUUCUACUCUUCUGAUAUUAUAAUUGGUUCACCAUUGGGUCUCAGAAGGGUUAUAGGUGCAGAAGGAGAAACAUUAAGAGACUUCGAUUUUCUCUCAUCCAUAGAAUUGCUAAUCAUGGAUCAAAUUGACGUCGUUCUUAUGCAGAAUUGGGAUCAUCUGUACCAAGUAUUAGAUUACCUGCAUUUGCAACCUAAAAAAUCUCAUGACAUCGAUUAUUCUCGUCUCAGAAGUUGGUGCGUGAAUGGUUGGACUAAAUAUUACAGACAGACAUUGAUCUUUUCCAGUAUCGAGCUGCCACAUGUAAACACGCUAUUAAUAAGGAAAUGCUUCAACUAUGCAGGCAAAGUGAAGGUAGCAAAUCGAAUUGAACUGGGUUCAAUUCACAAAGUGACUGUCAAAAUUCCGCAAGUGUUCUACAGAUUUGAGGCAUCUGAUCUUAUUCAAGCUAUCGAUAAUAGGUUGGAAUUUUUUUUGAAAGAGGUGCUGCCGAGACACAUGGAUCCCAUAUAUAAUCACACUUUGAUCUAUAUUCCAUCGUAUUUCGAUUUUAUAUAUGUGCGGAAUCGCAUGAUGAAAGAGAAACUGAGUUUCGCCCAAAUCUGCGAGUAUACUGAGGACAGGAAAGUUGCCCGGGCAAGAGAUAUGUUCUUCCAUAGCGACGCACAUUUUUUACUUUACACAGAACGUUGGCACUUUUGGCGGAGAACGAGGAUAAAGGGUAUUCGCCAUCUUAUAUUUUAUCAAUUGCCCACUUAUCCACACUUUUAUAGCGAAAUGUGUAAUCUAAUGGACAGAUUGUAUCAGAAUCCGCGCGCUGGCACAGAGUUCAACAUGUCGGUGACCAUUAUUUAUAACAAAUUCGAUGCUAUAUCGCUUGCUCAAAUUGUAGGCCAGAAUAGAGCUUCCGAAAUGAUAACAUCUGAAUCUAAAAUACAUACCAUAAAAUGCUGAAGCUUUUUCUAGUUCAUGUAAAAUGACGGAAUAAUUACAAAUAAUUGCCUACUUAGUUACAUUGAAACAAUGUUAAUUUUAUAUAGCUAAACCAACGUUGUAAAUAAAAUAAAGCAAUCAUUUUCUGAAUAAAA